GCAUCUGGUAUCCUAGCAACUGCCGCUGCCGGCCGUGACCGCUAAGUCCUGGGAGCUGUUGGGCUCUGGGACCGCAGUUGCUGAAAUGGAGGCAGAGGUGUGGGAGGCAGAAGGCUACAACCUAGUUCUGGACUCGGACCUGUAUGAUGCGGAUGGCUAUGAUGUCCCAGACCCUGGGCUGCUCACCGAAAAGAAUGAGUUGACUUUCACGGAGCCGUCGCAGGUCCUGCCCUUUUUGACCAGCAGCCAACAGUGGCAAAGCCUGACCCCGCGCGCCCGCGCCCGCCGGCUGUGGCUGCUUCUGCGCACCAGCCUCCACGAAGUCGUGGAAAAGGAGAAGAGAGCCGAGCUGCGCGUGGCGCGCCUGACGCAUGGGCUGGAACCACUGCGCCGCCUGGAGGUGGCAGCUGGGCUGCGCUCGGUGGCGCAGGACCCGGUGGGUGGACGCUUCGUGGUGCUGGACGGCGCGGGCCGCCUGCACCUGCACAAGGAAGACGGCUGGGCACAGGAGACGCUGCUGGCGCCUGUCGGGCUUACGGGGCUGGUGACCGUGCUGGGCCCGCUGGGUGCCGUGGGCCGUUUUGUAGGCUGGGGCCCCGCGGGGCUGGCAAUUCUGAGGCCCAACCUCAGCCUGCUGUGGCUGAGCGAGCAGGGGGUGGGCAGGGCCCCGGGUUGGGCGCCCACCUGCUGCCUGCCGGUUCCCGACCUCAGGCUGCUGCUCGUUGCGGAGAUGAACAGCAGCCUGGCGCUGUGGCAGUUCCGCUCAGGUGGUCGCCGCCUGGUGCUGCGAGGGUCACCACUGCACCCGCCCCCGAGCCCAACAGGCAGGCUCAUGCGUCUGGCUGUGGCGCCGGUUCCUCCCCACCACGUCCUGCGCUGCUUCGCGGCCUAUGGCUCGGCCGUGCUCACUUUCGAUCUGCAUGCCUGGACUCUCGUAGAUGUGCGCCGGGAUUUGCACAAAACCACCAUCUCGGACCUGGCUUACUGCGAGGAAGUAGAGGCAAUGGUGACAGCUUCCCGGGACAGCACCGUGAAGGUGUGGGAGGCUGACUGGCAGAUCCGGAUGGUGUUCGUGGGCCACACAGGCCCGGUGACGGCUAUGACUGUGCUCCCGAACACGACCCUGGUGUUGUCAGCCUCGCAGGACGGGACACUACGCACCUGGGACCUGCAGGCGGCGGCGCAGGUGGGCGAGGUAGCACUGGGCUUCUGGGGCCAGGACAAGCUGUCCCGGCGCGUGGGCCGUCUGCUGGCGCCGGUGCGCCCGGGCUGGCCGGUGCUGUCCCUGUGCGCGAGCAGCAUGCAGCUGUGGCGCGUACGCGAGCUCUACUCGCCGUUGGCGCAACUGCCCGCCAAGGUGCUCCACGUGCAGGUGGCGCCUGCGUUGCCCGCGCCUGCGCAGCAGUCGCUGCCUACGCGCCUCGUGUGCGCGUGCGCCGACGGCUCGGUCUACCUCCUGUCGGCUGCCACCGGGCGCAUAGUGAGCUCACUGCUGCUGGAGCCGGAGGACUGCGCGGCAGCCGUGGCCUACUGCCUGCCGCGCGAGGCGCUGUGGCUGCUGACCAGGGCUGGGCACCUGGUCCGCGCCAACGCGGCGCGCUGCCCCAUGAGCGUGCUGCACCGCGUGUGCCCGCCGCCGCCCCCUGCGCUGCAGCCUUGCUGUCUGCACCUGUACAGCCACCUCACGGAUCUCGGAGGCGCCUUCUCCUCCUGGGAGAUCGUGCGCCAGCACUGGGGCGAGUUGCGCUGCAGCUCUGUGGCCUGCGCCUGGAAGAACAAGAACCGGUACCUGCCAGUGGUGGGGCACACGGACGGCACGCUGUCGGUGCUGGAGUGGCUCUCGUCGAAGACUGUCUUCCAAACGGAGGCGCACAGCCCGGGCCCGGUUGUCGCCAUCGCAUCCACCUGGAACAGCAUUGUGUCUUCGGGUGGGGACCUGACGGUGAAGAUGUGGCGCGUCUUCCCCUAUGCCGAGGAGAGCCUGAGCCUGCUGCGCACCUUCUCCUGCUGCUACCCGGCCGUGGCGCUCUGUGUGCUAGGCAGACGCGUCACCGCGGGCUUUGAGGACCCAGACAGCGCUACCUACGGCCUGGUGCAGUUUGGCCUGGGCGACAGUCCGCGAUUAGACCACCGGCCCCAGGACGACCCCACGGACCACAUCACUGGCCUGUGCUGCUGCCCCACGCUCAAACUGUAUGCCUGCUCCAGCCUGGACUGCACCGUUCGCAUCUGGACUGCUGAGAACCGCCUCCUGCGGCUCCUGCAGCUGAAUGGUGCCCCUCAGGCCCUGGCUUUCUGCAGCAACAGUGGAGACCUGGUGCUGGCGCUGGGAUCCCGCCUCUGCCUGGUGUCCCACAGGGUCUACCUGCCUACAUCCUACCUAGUUAAGAAGAUGUGCCAGAAGGCCCCAGACGUGGUGGACGACCCUCCGCUGCCACUGAUGAGCCAGGAGUCACUGACUUCCGCCCAACUGCAGAGGCUCACCAACCUCCAUGGGGCAGCCAGCCUCAGCGAGGCCUUGUCUCUCAUCCAUCGUCGGAGGGCAACAUCUCAGCACCUGGUGCCGAAGGAGGACUUGGACGCCCUAGUGGCCCGGGACCGAGACCUUCAGCAGUUGAGGCUGGGGCUAGUGGUCCCAGCAGCCCAGCCCCCACCCUCCCGGCAGCAGCGCCAGGAAGGCUUUGACAAUUACCUCCGUCUGAUCUACCGCUCUGGCCUGCUGGGCAUGCAGUCUGGAAGGGAGUCCCAGCAGUGGAGUGCCGGGACCCUCACAGUGGAGAGAGAGACCCGGGAUGUGUGUGCUCUACCCCAAGCUGCCCACUGUCUUGCCCGGGCUGAGGUCAGCACCGCAGCCCAAACAGUGCCAACAGCCCUGUCCCCACAGGACCUGGGAGCCCUGGGCCAGCACUUCUCCCAGUCUCCCCGAGUCACAGUGCCGAUCCCACCCACCCACCGUAGGGUGCACAGCAAGGCAUCCCAGCUUCUGGCCCGCUCCUCACUGAGCCACUACCUGGGCAUCAGUCUGGAUCUGCAGCUGCAGUUGGAGCAGCUCCAAGGGAGGAUGACCAUGGCCCUGGACCUGCCAUCCUCCCACUUGCAGUGCAGGAUCCCACUGCUGCCAAAGAGAUGGGACAAGGAACCUCUCUCUAGCCUCAGGGGCUUCUUUCCUGCCACCGUGCAGCCCCACAAGCACUGCCUGAGGCCCAUCUGCUUCCCCGGCUAUGUACCCAACUCCGCGGUGCUACAGCAGAUGUGGCUAAAUGCGGAGGUCAGCAGCCUCGGAUCCCCGACUCAGCUCGCCUCCCAGAGAAAGUUCGAGCCAGGGGCAAGCCAGGAUGCCCUGUGGUUGUGGCGCCCCAGGCCAUCCCAAGCCCAGUGGCAGAGGAAGCUGCUCCAGUGGAUGGGGGAGAAGCCUGGGGAGGAGGGGGAGGAAGACGAGAAGGAAGAGGAGGAGGAGAAGGAAGACGAGGAGCUGGACCAGGCCUUGGCUUCCCUGAGCCCGCACUCCAACCAGCAGCUGGAUUCCUGGGAACUGGAGGAUCAGAGUGCUGUGGACUGGACCCAGGAGCCCCGGCGGCGCAGCUGCAAGGCUGCCAGGACCCACCCUCAUCCCUGGCACCGUCAUGGGAGUUUGCUCUUGGAUGAGCAUUACGGGCAUCUUCCCAAGUUUCUGCAUUUCUUCAUCUACCAGACCUGGUUCAAAAAGUUGUUCCCCAUCUUCAGCCUGCAGGCAUACCCGGAGGCAGGCACGGUCGAGGGCCUGGCCUCGCUGUUGGUGGCCCUGCUGGAGAAGACCACGUGGGUCGACCGUGUGCACAUCCUGCAGGUGCUACUGAGACUGCUGCCCAACAUGAGCAGUGAUCUCCAAGGCCAGCUGCAGGGCCUGCUCAUACACUUGCUCAACCUGGACCAGCCCCCCAGCCUCCAGGUGUGCCCCUUGUCCUGCCCCCAGUUUUCCUCCCCGCCCACCGGCCCUCAGCAACCACAUCCCCACCGCCUGCCUCAGGACCAGACGCAGAAGAAGUUCGUGAUACUGGCGCUGCAGCUGCUCCUGGCCUGCUCCCUGGAGUCCCGGGAUGUGGUGCUGGAGCUCAUGUCCUACUUCCUCUACUCUCCCGUGCACUGCCGGCCAGAGCUCAAGAAGCUGCUGCACGGGCUGGGCCUUCGGGACCCAGAGGGCUUCCUAUUCAAGGAGAUGAUGACCUGGGUCCAGGGCCCAGACCUGGACUCCAAGGCCGGCCUGCGCACUUGCUGCCACCAGAAACUGGAGGACAUGAUCCAGCAGCUUCAGGAGACCCCAUCGCAGACGUCAGUGGUCUCUGGGGCACCCACACGCGCCUCCGUGAUACCCUCGGGCACCUCCUGGUCGCCCUCCAGCAUCUUCGGGAGGCUCUCACAGGUCUCAGAGGUGCCUUUGAUGGUGGUCUCACCUGCGGAGCCGCACUCUUUAGCCCCGGAGCUCCAGGCCCAGCGGACGCUGGCACCCACGCGCAGCUGGGGGACCCCUCAGCUCCGUCUCGGAGUGCUCUCCGAGACGCUGAAGAGCUUUUGCCUGGAGCCCGAGGCCCGCCUGCACCCUGCCGGGCCUGCUCAGCUGCCCGGAGAGCCGCCGCCGCUGGAGGAGACCGACUGGUCGCACUCGCAGCUGCUGGACUUGGGCCCCAUCGACGCGCUCAACUUCUUCUGUGAGCAGCUGCGGGCGCAGCAGCGGAGUUCGCUCCAGGAGAAGGCUGCGCACCCACACCCGCCAGUGCCCGACACGGUGGCGCCGGUGCCCGACAUGGUGGUGCCACCUCCACAGGAGCACUGGUGCCACCCCAUCCUCCGGCUGCAGGAGGCCAAGCCGCAGAGGUCUGCGAGGUCCGCGAUGAGACUGAGGGGCCCCAUGCUGUCCCGGCUCUGUGCGGGCCGCACCCUGGACGGCCGCAUCCGGACGCUGAAGCUGCCGCUGCCGCGUGUGGAGCCGCAGCCUUUCCCCCUGGACUGGCCCACGCCUCCGCGCCCGCUGCCCCCGCGGCUCCUGCAGCCGGCCCUGCAGCGCUACUUUCUGCCAGCGGACGCGGACCCUGACACCUACAGCUGACCGGGCUGGUGGCCUCAGCCCGCCUGGCUCUGGGGCCUGUCAUUGGUAUUUGGCCAAGGCCUGCAUCGGGAAUAAAGUCCAGAGAAUUUCUUUCUG